AUGGGAUUUUGCAAGAAAAAACCCAAUAAAUCGCUGAAUGAUCUCAAAAAGGAUAUAGUUAUUGAUGAUCAUGAAAUACCAUUGAAUGUACUAUUGAAUCGUUAUAAAACUUCAGAAACACAGGGCAUAUCUGAAGCCGAAGCGGCGAAUCGAUUGAAGCGCGAUGGGCCGAACGCGCUGACACCGCCAAAAACGACGCCAAAAUGGCUGAAAUUGUGCAAAUCGGUAUUCGGCGGCUUCAAUUUCCUUUUAUGGUGCGCCGCAAUUGCGUCGGCCAUCGGCUAUGGAAUGGAUAUGUCGAUGAGCGAAAAGGACGAAGAAAUUCCAAAAGAUAAUAUGUAUAUGGCCAUCAUAUUGGCGUGCGUCGUCACAAUCACCGGACUUUUCGAUUUCUAUCAAGACCGGAAGAGUGGAAAUCUGAUGGACUCGUUCGCCAAUAUGAUCCCACCAAAAACAUUGGUGGUGCGUGGCGGCGUCACCAAAGAGAUUGAAGUCAAAGAUUUGGUGGUUGGCGAUUUGGUGCGAUUUCGUGGCGGCGACAAGGUGCCGGCGGAUUUGCGCGUCACCCUCGCGCGCGGCCUCAAAGUCGACAACUCGUCGCUGACCGGAGAAUCGGAGCCGCAAACGAGGAACACGAACUUCACAAGCAAAAACCCGUUGGAAACCAAAAAUUUGUGCCUUUUCAGCACGAAUGUUCUGGAAGGGUCCGGCGAAGGGAUUGUGGUGCUGACUGGCGACCGAACCGUCGUUGGUCGAAUUGCGGCCCUCACGACACAAGUCGACUCGGGACCAACACCACUAGCAAAGGAAAUUUCGCAUUUCAUCAAAAUUAUUUCGAUCGUCGCGUUUACGGUUGGAAUCGCCUUUUUCGUUUUGGCCAUCGUUUACGAGUAUCCGCUUUUGAAAGCGAUUGUCUUCUUUAUGGGAAUUGUCGUUGCGAAUGUGCCUGAAGGAAUUGUGCCGACUGUUACGGUCAGCCUCACACUUACUGCGGUGAAAAUGCGCAAAAAGUUUUGUCUUGUCAAAAAUUUGGAAGCUGUUGAGACGCUUGGAUCGACAUCAACAAUCUGCUCGGACAAAACUGGAACUUUGACGCAGAACCGAAUGACAGUUACACAUUUAUGGUUUGAUGGAAAUAUUUACGAUGCUGAGUUACUGCCGCCAAACGAGACCUAUAGAGGCGAAAAGAAAUAUGUGGGAAAGCCUGGUUAUGAAACUUUGAUGCGAUGUGCCACAUUAUGCAGUCGGGCUCAUUUCCGGACACCCGAAUUUGAUGUUCCAAUUGCAAAACGAACGGUAAAUGGAGAUGCAUCUGAAGUUGCUAUAAUGCGCUACUGCGAGAUGAUUCGAGGCGAUGGCGGCGUUGACGACUACCGCAAAACUCGUCCGAAGCUUGCCGAGAUUCCAUUCAAUUCGAGCACCAAAUUCCAAGUUUCGAUUCAUCCGAUUGACGGCAAAAAUGUUCUUGUGAUGAAAGGAGCACCAGAGAAGAUUCUCAAAUUGUGCACAAUGUAUUAUAGCAACGGCGAAACGCUUAACGUCUCGAAGCGGUUCGAACGCCAAUUUCAGCGGGCUUAUGAAAAACUUGGAUCCUACGGCGAGCGUGUACUCGGAUUUUGCGAUCUUGAGCUCAAUUUGAACAAGUAUCCAAUCGGAUUUCAAUUUGACACUGAAAAUAUUAAUUUCCCUUUGAAAAAUCUUCGUUUCCUCGGUUUGAUUUCCAUGAUUGACCCACCUCGUCCGGGAGUUCCGCAAGCGGUUCGCGUUUGUCAGAAUGCUGGAAUUCGAGUUGUCAUGGUCACCGGCGAUCACCCGAUCACCGCGAAAGCGAUUGCUCAACAAGUUCACAUCAUCGAAUUUUUGAUCAAGGUUACGGAAGUUAUCAAAGAAGAUCCUAAUUGUGAUCCUGCCAAUGACGAAGUGUACGGGAAGGGCCGUCUGAAGAAGACAAAUGCCAUUGUUGUUCAUGGGGAGCAGUUGAGCACAAUGUCGGCGAGAACUCUUCACACGAUUGUCACCAAUUAUCAUCAAAAUUUCUCUAAUGCUUGUAUUCAGAUCGUCUUCGCACGAACGUCGCCGGCUCAGAAGCUCCAGAUCGUCGAAGCGUUCCAGAAUGCGAACAACGUUGUCGGUGUAACCGGCGACGGUGUCAAUGAUGCUCCGGCUCUUCGCAAGGCCGACAUCGGAAUCGCUAUGGGAAUCGCGGGAACGGAUGUGUCGAAACAAGCGGCCGACAUGAUUCUACUCAAUGACAAUUUCGCCUCAAUUGUGACUGGUGUGGAAGAAGGACGACUGAUCUUUGAUAAUUUGAAGAAAUCGAUAGCGUAUACAUUGACAAGCAAUAUUCCAGAGAUUACUCCAUUCAUGUCCUACGUUCUUCUGGGUCUUCCACUUCCAAUGUCGAUCGUUGCCAUUUUGAUGAUUGACUUGGGAACGGAUUUGUGGCCGGCGAUUUCUUAUGCUUAUGAAGUGCCGGAGAGCGAUAUUAUGCAGCGAGCUCCAAGAAAUCCGCAACACGACAAACUCGUCAAUAAGCGACUCGUCAUGUUCUCGUAUAUGCAAAUUGGAACGAUUCAGGCGUGCGCGGGAUUCACAACAUACUUUGUUCUCAUGAUGUCAUAUGGAUGGCUGCCGUGGGAUCUUCUCGGAAUCAGCGAGAUGUGGGAGAAUCGGCACAUCAACGACCUCGAAGACAGUUUUGGCCAGCAAUGGAGUUAUGAGGAUCGAAAGGCAUUGGAAUCGUGUUGCUACGGAACGUUCUUCUUCACAAUUGUCGUCACACAAUGGGCGGAUUUGUUCGCGUCGAAAACUCGCAAAAAUUCGCUUAUCAUGCAAGGAGUUGAGAAUCAAGUGCUCAACACUUCAGUCAUCUUCACUUGCUUCUUGUGCACAUUUGUCCUCAACACUCCACUGGUUAACACUGUGUUGGGAGUCCAGCCAUUCAGAAUCGAAGUCGGUUUCCUUGCUCUUCCAUUCGCUUUCAUUAUUGUGCUCUACGACGAGCUUCGGCGAUACUGCGUUCGCGAAUUCCCCAACGGUUAUAUUUACAAGGAAACCUACUAUUGA